AUGCCUAAAGAAAGGUGGCCGAAGCAUGACAUUCUUCCCAGCAAUAAUGAUUAUUUGAUUGAAAAGAGGUCCAAAUUAAAUUCUACUCAGCUUUCCUGCAAUGUUAAAUUACUUACAGAACCAUUGCUGGAUUUAGGAAAAUUUAGUAAACUUAAUCGUGUAUACAACAUCACCGCUUGGAUUUUCAGAUUCCUUAAUAACAUUAAUAAGAAAAAGACUAAGCUGUCAGGUGAGCUUACUACUGCAGAAAUUACAAAAUCGGAAAAAUAUUGGUUAAAGUUAACUCAACAAACUGUGUUCACUCUUGAGAUUGAAGAACUGAAACGGGAAGAACCUAUCAAUAAAAAUUCUCCUUUAUACAAUUUAAACCCUAAAUUGGAUGAAGAUGGUUUAUUAUAUUUAUCGGGAAGACUUCGCUUAUCUGAUCUGCCUCUAAGGGAAAAAAAUCCUUGGAUACUCCCGGGCGGGGAACAAUUCACCAAACUGCUAAUUCUUCAGACCCAUGAAAAAGUUUAUCAUUAUGGAGUAGCCACAACCUUAGCGCAUCUUCGAGAAACAUAUUACAUCAUCAAAGGAAGGAAAUAUGUUAAAUCUGUGCUGAAAUCUUGCAUUAUUUGCAAAAGAUUUAAAGUUAGACCUGGCAAAGAAGAAAUUGCUCCUUUACCGAAGGAUAGGAUAAUUGAAUCACCCCCAUUUGAGACCUGUGCUGUUGAUUUCGCCGGCCCUAUUUUUAUCAAAACUAAAUCGGGCCCGGAAAAAGCUUACAUUGUGCUCUUCACCUGUGGAGUUACUAGAGCUGUUCAUCUGGAAGUAGCAUCUGACCUCAGCACUGAAACCUUCAUCUUAGCUUUCAAAAGAUUUGUUUCACGUAGAGGACUCUGUAAAAUUGUAUACAGUGAUAAUGCCAAGACCUUUAUUAAAACUGAUAGUUUACUGAAGGAGAUUUGGAGUAAGAUUUCCAAAGCUGAGGUUCAACAGUAUUUUACUAAAAACCGAAUUGUGUGGAAAUUUAUUGUACCUAGAGCCAGCUGGUGGGGUGGGUUUUGGGAGCGCAUGGUGCGUUCUGUCAAAACGCCCUUGAAGAAAGUUUUAGGACGAUCUUGCUUGAGCUAUGAAGAGAUUCAAACCACUCUCACUGAGAUCGAAGCUGUUAUUCAUUUGAAGUUUACACCAAGUUUGUAA